GACGUAACCUGAAAGUACGAAAAAAAAUCGCGAUGAGAAGAAAUAAUUCAAUCAUUGGUGUACACUGAUCAUAUCCCUCGGGAAAAACGGGAAACCCGGGAUUGCGACUCAUUCAAGGAUGCUCGACGAGGUUAAAACGAUCGGAGGAGGAAGGAAGGUUAUGCGCGAAAGAAAUGAAGUCGCGUUCUGCGGGGAGCGUAACGCGUUGCGGAUUAUAAACAAAAUGCAUGUUUGAUCUGAUAGAAAUAGAGAAUAGAUCUGAUAGAAAUAAAGAAGAGAAAAGGAUAUUCCAUGACGUUCCGUGCCAUCGAUUCUAUUUUUAUGCGGAUUUCGUGCAAAUCUCAUUGUCAGUGAAAAUCUCUUGCUACGCACCCGAGCUGUGUAGUUGCUCGGCGAGCCUUUUGAGAAGCAUGUUUCCGUGGAGUGCCGCGAAAUCCAAGAUACAUUUAUGGCAGAAUCACUAGGCGGAAUUAGCGCAUCGCGGAAAAUGGCCACUGCGUGGCACCAGCAAGUGUUCGCGCUCGACGCGAAGUACAAUACACUGCGGGCUAACAAGUUACCCAGUCUAGGUAUGUUGUACAUUCGUCGGAGGAACCAGCUGCUCCGCGAGAAACCGUCCAGGGACCCAGAGAUCGGUGCGCGCUAUUUAAAACUGCGAUCGGAAUUGCUGCGCCGCCGUUACGGAGAGAGGCAGGAGCAAAACAGCGUGGGCAGUCACACGAUCAGCGAGGAGACGUCGGAGAACAAAGCAAAACAUCACCUCGCGCAGCGGAGAUCCACAGCGGAGAACUUCGCGUUCGCCGGGGUCCACCAUGUAUUCGAUCAACACAAGGCAGCCGUGACGAUGCUCAAGUUCGCCAAUAACGAUAGAUCCAAGUUGUGUUGCGCGUCACUGGACGGUACGCUGUCCAUAUGCGAGGUCAUCAGCACGCCGCCGAAGGUGAUCGCUCUGCUGGAAGGUCACCGCAACGGUGUGACUGCUCUCGACUGGAGUAUCAGCAACGACCUGAUAGUUUCCUCCUCCCUCGACGCGACUAUCAGACUCUGGAGAAUAUGCGCAGACUCGGAGCCAGUGUGCUUGCGAGUGGUGAACGACCAGCAGCGGGCGGAAGUUCUCUGCUGCAGUUUUAUCCCCGCCAAUAAUAAUCUGAUAGUAGCCGGCAACUCCCAGGGACUGAUUCAGAUCUUGAAUGUGUCCACUGGUAUAUACACGCGCGGUGGGUCCUGCAAAAUCGGUGGGAAGAUUCUUUCCCUCGCAUGCGAGGGUAGCGGUGGCACCGUGAUCUGGACCGGCAAUGAUCGAGGAGUCAUAGUGUCCUUUCGGUUGGAACCUGGUGUAGGACGGUUGACCAAGUUGCAGAGGGUACAGGAGACCAGUGGGAUGAUAACGAGUCUAUCUUGGCGUUCCUGGAUAUCAAAGGAUGCCCCUUGGGCGGCACUGCUAGUAAGCAGCGCGUGCAACGCUGUGUUGCUAUAUCGCGUCGCGGACAGUCACGGUUCUCUACUUCUCUGGAGAAAGUAUCCCAUCAAGCACAGGCAUUAUCCGUUGAGGUCUACCUUCUGCCCGCAAAUGGGCGCGUGUUUGAUAGCUACCGGAUCGGAGGACGGGGCUGUCCAUCUGCUGGAUUCAGCGAGAGAGGGAAAGGCCGCGAAGAUCAAUCGACUGCACGGUCACGCAACGCCUACGUUGGCUCUAUCUUUUAAUUACGACGAAUCUCUACUUGCGUCCGCAGAUCACGACGGACUGAUUAUCCUGUGGCGCAAUCAUCAACGUCAUUUGUAAAAUAUUUUUCUGCCCGCGGAGAGUUUUUAUGUCUCGUUUCGCUGAUUGCUCGCAGAUCCCGAAGCUGCAACGGUGAAUUUUCGAUCAAGACGUAUCGGCAGGUCCGUUAUGGUUUUUUUGCGAUCUCUAUCGCUUCUCCGAAUGGAAUUUCCUUUCUCGUAGCGAAUCUUUGGACGAAAGAAUUAUGUUUAUUGAUAUAUUUGUACAUAUUACGAGACAUUUAUAUUUUAUUGGAAAACGAGAUUAUUAUUAUUAAAUUAUUAAUUAAAAAGUAAAUCAGGAAUUUUAAGAAGGUAUGUUGAUUGAAUAAACAGUCUUUUCUGUAUAACAA